AUGGACAAGAGUUGGAUAAAGUUGCCGCGAAGUUCGCGAGAGUAUAUUCGCGGGGUUAUGGAAUUUGUGAAAUUUGCACGUGAACAUGAGAGUAGAAAAGAUGUCAUUGUGUGCCCCUGUAAGAAGUGUUCGUUGGGCAAAUCAUGGUCCAGUGAAGUCGUAUUUACUCAUUUAACAUCAGGUACUGGGAUUAUUGAGGGUUACACUGAGUGGAUAAUGCAUGGGGAAUCACUUGUCCCUCCUGUUCAGAGCGAGACAAUACAUGAAGCUCCCAGGAGGCUUCAAGUGGAUGGCAUUCCACUACAUGGGGGGUCCAGUGGGAUGCAAGACAUGCUUAAUGAUGUUUUCAUGAUGCACGAUAUCUGUGUAGAAGCCGGUGGGUCUCAAGUGCGAGAUGAAGUCGAAGCCGAAGCUGAGCCCGUGGAUGUUGAAAUUGAAGACUCUAACAGGGUGCCGAAUAAGUUAGAAGAAUUGCUAAAGGAUGCCGAUACGCCACUCCAUGGAAAUACAAAACAUAGCAAAUUGGGAGCUAUUGUGCGCCUAUUUAGUAUUAAGUAUAUGGGUGGUUGGAGCAAUACAUCGUUCUCCAUGUUGCUUGAAUUCAUUAAUGAACUAAUGCAUCCAGAUGCAAGUUUGCUGCCUAAAGACACAUACGAGGCAAAAAAAUACUUGAAGGAUUUGGGCCUUGAGUAUGAGAAGAUAUCGGCUUGUCGCAAUGGCUGUAUGUUGUUUUGGAAGGAAAAUGAAAAAUUAGACAAAUGUACAUUCUGCAAUGAGUCCAGGUGGAAGGAUAACUUAAUUAAUGAAGAUGGGUCGAUAAAAUGUUCGAAAAAGAAGCCGGUCAAAGUGUUGCGUUGGUUUCCUCUAAUACCAAGGCUGCAGAGGUUAUUUAUGUCACAUCAUACGUCGCCACAUAUGAAGUGGCACGCUCAAGGCCGUACAAAAGACGGUGUGUUGAGGCAUCCGGCCGAUGGAGAAGCAUGGAAGGCAUUCGAUUCACGUUACCCAAUAUUCGCAUCAGACCCGCGAAAUGUCUGGCUAGGUUUAGCGUCAGAUGGCUUCAAUCCUUUUGGGAACAUGUCCUCUAGUCACAGUACUUGGCCAGUAAUAUUAGUACCUUACAAUUUACCUCCUUGGAUGUGUAUGAAGCAGCCGUAUUUUAUGUUAACCUUGAUUCUCCCUGGUCCGAGUGUACCAGGACAGAAUAUAGAUGUGUACCUAGCUCCCCUUGUAAGUGAGUUGAAAAAACUAUGGGAAGUAGGGGUACAGACUUUUGAUGUAACCUCGAGGAAAUAUUUUACAAUGCGUUCGGCCUUGAUGUGGACGAUAAAUGAUUUCCCGGCAUAUGGUGAUUUGUCAGGUUGGAGUACACAUGGACGAAAAGCAUGUCCUUGUUGUAUGCAUGAAACGCAAUCAACGUGGCUAACUUAUGGUAAAAAGUUCUGCUUUAUGGGACAUAGGCGAUGGUUGCCUCUUGAUCAUCCAUGGAGAAGAAAUAAGAGACGAUUCAAUGGUGCGCAGGAAAUGGGUAGUCCUCCCAAUGUGCCGAAUGGCGAUGAGAUCAUCCGACAAUUAGAAUGUGUUGUCAAUCGGGCAAGGACCGGACAGAAGCUACCGCCUGGAGAAGUUGAUUGGAAGAGGCGAAGUAUACUAUACGAUUUGCCGUAUUGGAAAGAUCAGUUACUACGCCAUAACAUUGAUGUGAUGCAUACAGAAAAAAACAUCGUUGAUAACAUACUUGGCACGCUAUUGAACAUGAGUGGUAAAACCAAAGACAACAAAGAAGCACGUCAAGACUUGCAUAAGAUGAAAUUGAGACCAGAACUUCAUCCAUUUACCGCGGAAAACGGCAAAACACUUUUGCCUGCAGCUUGUUUCACAAUGACGAAAAAAGAGAAGACUGACUUUCUGCAAGUAUUACAUGAUGUUAGAGUGCCAGAUGGAUAUUCUUCAAAUGUGUCACGUGGUGUGAAGCUCAAGGAAUGUACUGUUGGGGGUUUGAAGAGUCAUGACAAUCACAUAAUCAUGCAACAACUCAUGCCAAUUGCACUUCGAUGA